GGAGUGCGCAGACGCAGGGGCAGCGAGUGGACAUUUUGGUCUUUGUCCGCGGGUCAGCACGGGCGUCUGGUCCACGUGGCGCCGAAGUAGGAGAAGCAGCUGAGGAAUGACAAGCACACAGAGCAACACCGACAUCUGGAGGUCAGUUGAGUCCACCAAGGAGAGUAGUGAGCGUAAGAACUGGAACACUCCGGUCUGUGCUUAUAGACUUCAUUUCUUUUCUUUCAUAACAGACUUCAAUUUUUAAAAGGCAAAACAUUUUUCAAAGCUUAAAGCUUUGAGCUUGAAACAUAAUUUAGAUUUAAACAGAAAGUUCUAUGAGAACAACUCCUCUGCUUUAUACAGUUUGGAAAUCCUCUACGGUACGUAGUCUUCCUGCUAAGAGUGGCUUGUAAGUAGAGUGCAGUGUGGAAAUGAUGCCUGCAUCUUGUUAGUGGAGAGCGUAGACCAGAGGAAAAGCCUCAGAGUUUCCUGAAGGUGGGAAGCAUUUACUUAAGUGUCCUGUCUCCCUAAACAAAGAAGUCAUGCUGAGAGGAAGCCCUGGGUCUCUAAGCAAUAUUGAAAAGCCUUUAGCCAGAUGACAGUUCUCUCAGCAUUGCUAGAGGAAAACAAGUGAACUUUGCAAAACCAACAUUGACUAUUAGUAAAACUUACCCUGGGAAGAAAGGUUUGCUUUGAUAAAGUCCUCUGAGACUGUCUCCCGUGCUCUUCGUUUGAAUGAGCAGGCAGACACAGAAAGAAGGUUUAGAACGGUAAGAAAUGUGGAAACAUCCUCAGUCAAGGGCAAAUCCUUGUUCAUCGUAUUGGAGAUAAAGGCUGUGCAUGCAAUAAAGCUUCUACUCAGAUGUCACACCUCAGUCAGCAGAGGGUUUUAAGCGGGGGAAGCCCCUUUGCCUGUAAGGUAUGUGGAAAACUCUUUAGCCACAAAUCGACUCUUACAGAGCACGAGCAUUUUCAUAACCGAGAGAAGCCUUUUGAAUGUACCGAGUGUGGGAAAGCCUUCAGCCAGAAACAGUAUGUCAUUAAGCACCAGAACACUCACACCGGGGAGAAGCUAUUCGAGUGUAAUGACUGCGGCAAGUCCUUUAGCCAGAAGGAAAACUUGCUUACCCAUCAGAAAAUUCACACUGGAGAGAAACCUUUUGAGUGCAAAGAUUGUGGGAAAGCUUUCAUUCAGAAGUCAAACCUCAUCAGACAUCAGAGAACUCACACAGGAGAGAAGCCCUUCAUAUGUAAGGAGUGUGGGAAGACCUUUAGCGGCAAAUCAAAUCUUACUGAGCACGAGAAAAUUCAUAUUGGUGAGAAACCCUUUAAGUGUAAUGAAUGUGGAACAGCUUUUGGCCAGAAAAAGUACCUGAUAAAACAUCAAAACAUUCACACUGGAGAGAAGCCGUAUGAAUGCAACGAGUGUGGGAAAGCCUUCUCUCAGCGAACAUCACUGAUUGUGCAUGUGAGGAUUCAUUCAGGUGAUAAGCCUUACGAGUGCAAUGUCUGUGGGAAAGCCUUCUCUCAGAGCUCAUCUCUAACCGUGCAUGUGAGGAGCCAUACGGGGGAGAAACCCUAUGGCUGCAAUGAAUGUGGGAAGGCCUUUUCUCAGUUCUCAACCCUGGCCCUGCAUCUGAGAAUACACACAGGUAAAAAGCCUUAUCAGUGUAGUGAGUGUGGGAAGGCUUUCAGCCAGAAGUCCCAUCACAUUAGACACCAGAAAAUCCAUACUCAUUAAAUGCUCUGAAUAUCUUCAAUGUGGGGAAGUGUUCAUUUGGAAUUUACACCUCAUAGUGCAUCAUUUGGUCAUUCUGAGGCUAAGCACCAUAAAUCAGCCAAACAUUUAUUAUAAGAUGUUGUGAACACCGGACAAUUCAUUCUGAAGGGAAAGAAGUGUGUAUGAUUAAAAGCCUGCACUCACCGAAUGCAACGGAAAAGAAAAGCAGUGUGGAACUGUGAACACAGCCGUCUACAAUCGGGAAUCGUCUACAAACAGGCCUGUUACUGACAGCCGUCAGCGGAGAUCUGCAGUUCCUCACUAGUCUAGUUAGUGAGGACAGACUAUAGGAUGAUAACUGUACGUUUACCAGAUUUAGAAUAUGAAAAUAAUUGCUCCAGCUGAACACCAAGAUUAUGUUUGGAGGUAAAUUGUUCUCUGAGGAGGAAACUGCACCCCACAAAGUAUAAACGAUAGUAAAAGUAAAAUAUAUGGAUACCGAAAGCAGAAAUAUAGAAAUGCUAUACAUACAAGUUUGACUCUGGGAGUGGGAAAACAUUCCUAGUAACCUUUGAAAAUACUUAGAAAUUCUCAUGAGUAUUUAUGCUCAGGAGGUGAGGCACCAGGAAAUUUACCAUGACUUAUUUAGAGUAGCCAAAUAUUAGAACUGACCUGCCUGUUGGGAAUGGAAUGAGGACAUUUUCGGUAGACUAUUAUGCAGAUAUCUGGCAGAUGCAACAGAUGAGUUGUGUGCAUAACUGGAGGGACUCUGGAAGUUAUGUGGGGAAACAGUUUACAGGACUCGUACAGGACAAUGACUUUCAAGUUAAAAUUUCCUUCUCAAAACUCAGCGUAUUAUGGUAUAAAUACACAUGUAUGUAAAUGUUUGAGAUGCAUCAGAAGGAUGUAGACCAACUCCUGAGAGAGGAAGGGAAGGGGGGAGGGGAGGGAGGGCUUCAGCUGUGAUAGAAGCAUUCGUUCUCGUAAAGACUGCGAGCAAAUAUAUGAAGAAACUGGCUAAUUUCAGUUGUGUUAUAUGGAUAUCAUGUCUUAUUUUUUGUACUUUUCUGUAUUUUUCAAAAUAAGAAUGGAAUGGUGGAACUCUGCACCUGUAGAGAUGGAUGUUAUAGUUGAUUAAUCCCAAUCAAAUACCAAGCUUUUAUAGAGAUGUUUCUAAAACUUUAACAUAACAAUGAGUGGAUGACUUGGCACUCUAUGUAAUGAAAUUAUCUAUUUUAUUAAAAUUUAAAAUGACAGCAUAUUCUU